AUGGGAGGAUUCUCUACGAAGAAGAUGAUGUUUCAGCAGCUUCUUACUUCAGUCCUGUUGCUUCAUCUCUUGAUCUCGUCUUCUUCUGGUGAGUAUCGAAUACUAAUGCUGUUCAAAACCAUCUUUCGUUGUUGUUGUUGUUAUUCAGGUGCACUAGUUAACUCAAGUGAGAACGGAGUAUGUAUUUCUAAAAGGGGACGACCAUACGAGUUAGAAGGAAAGCUUCCCAAGCCUGGUGAUCUAAACCUGUGUAAUGCCUCCCAUGACAAGACUUGCUGGUCUGCUUCAUUAGCUCUCCAAAACCUAGCUACGCAUGGAGAAGCUUCUAAAGAUUGCUUCUACUUCUAUGAUCUUUUGGAAUGUUCAAUCUGUCAUCCAGAUGUUGGAGUUCAAUCAGAACGUCUCCGCAUUUGUGCCUCCUUCUGUGACAGAGUCUUCGAGGCUUGCUCAGAUGCCUACUUUAGUACUAGUGAUGCUAGUAAUCAGGUUAUAGUACCGUGUGGAGCAAGCAAUGGUAUCAUCUGCGUGAAAGUUUUCAAGUGGGGGACUAAUGGCACAUCCUUUUGUGAAGCAGUGGGUUUCACUGUUGAUCAAACAGCUGAUGUUUCCGCUUGUUACGGAAGCAGCAUAUCAAGUUUUGGACCAGCGGUGAAGUCACUCAUAAAGACUGAGAAUGUUGGUUGGUUUCAAGAUCUCAAGAAGCUAGUUAGAGAGAUGACACUGGUCCAACAGUUCUCUUGGGUUGUAACACUUAUUGUACUAGGAAAAAUGCUCUUUAACAGGUGGCGUUAUCAGCAGCAGAUGCGAGCUAUGAUCCAGAGGGAUGCGAGAAGAUUGAUAAGAUACAUGAAUGGGAGGAUUUGUAAUUCAAAUUUUUUAAUAGAAUAGCAUUCAAACUUCUAAAUAAGCCUAUAAUCAUAUGAAAUAGAUAUUUCACUGCUA